UCAAUGAGGCUGGGACUCCCCCAAGCAGCAUUCUGCAGGUCAGGACCAGGUCACGACCAGUCCCCAGCAUGAAGGUCAUCGUGGGCAUUGGAGGCAUGACCAACGGCGGGAAGAGCACCUUGACCAACCGCCUCCACAAGGCGCUACCCAACUGCUGCGUGAUCCACCAGGAUGACUUCUUCAAGCCCCAGGACCAAAUAGCGGUUGGGGAGGACGGCUUCAAACAGUGGGACGUGCUCGAGUCCCUGGACAUGGAGGCCAUGCUCAGCACAGUACGCGCCUGGGUGAAGGACCCAUGCAAGUUCGCGCGCGCUCACGGCGUCAGCCUCCAGCCCAGCGCCUCGGACACCCACAUUCUCCUCCUGGACGGCUUCCUACUGUACAGCUACAAGCCCCUGGUGGACAUGUACAGCCAUCGCUACUUCCUGACUGUGCCGUAUGAGGAAUGCAAACGGAGGAGGAGUAACCGUAGUUACAUGGUUCCUGAUCCCCCGGGCCUCUUUGAUGGUCACGUGUGGCCCAUGUACCAGAAGUAUAAACGGGAGAUGGAGCGGGACGGAGUGGAAGUGGUCUACUUAGACGGCACGAAGUCCCGUGAGGAACUCUUCAGGCAGGUUCUGGAGGACGUUCAAAACAGGCUGCUGAACCGGUCCUAGCAACUGCGGACAUCAUCUGGUGUGAGGCGCAGGCGGGCUGGGCGCCGUGGUGGUCCCCGCGGGGGACCUGUACACAGGAGGGGGUGUCCCCACACACUGAGCCACGGCAGCAACUCACCAUUAAACUGAACCGUGUUUUUUAACCUCUGGUGCCUUGUGGUCUCUAUGAAUGGAUGAGCCCACCCCCCCUCCAAUGCGCUUCGCCGGCCAGAGGAUGACGCCAAGAGCACUGGACACUGUCAGCCUCCACCUCUCUGUGACCUUGCUAACGUGCCUCAGUUUCCCCAAAGGAGACAUUUUCUAUGAACUUGAGGAGGGAAAUUAUCGCCACUAAUCUAGACAGGCACAGAGAGGUUACCUGUCAUACCCAUGGUCACACAGCAAGGUUAGGUAUGUUCAGCCAAGACUGAAAGUUGAGAGUCUAGAGUUCUUGAGGGAGUCCUGAGACCUUCAGUCUCCCAUCCGAGCCUCCCUCCACCCUGUUCUAGCCCCAAAGCACACACCUACUGGUCCGGGACCUAGCAUGUCCCCUCUCUCACACAAUCAGACACCUCCUGAGCCAUGGUGGCAGCCUGAGGGUGACGUUUUAUUAUUUGUGUUCACUUCAUGAAAGGGGAAACUGAGGCUCAGAGCAUCUUGCUGAUGUUGGGAUGUGAAUGUGUGGGGAGGGGGCCGCAGAGUCCAUUAUUUGGCCUGAGUGCGACACCUCAUGGUCGUCUGUGGUAUUGCAAUGACAGCAUCCCAAUUACAUAUCGGAAAUAAUGCGA